AUGCCUGAAAUUAUUGCGACUUUUGAUAUGUUUGAUGGAGGAACAUAUUUAGGAACACAACCGAAACGAGCCAGACUUGACGAGUUAGAUGACGAUACCUCGGAUGACGGCACGUUUGAAGCAAAUUUGGAUGAGAGAUUGAAGAAAAAUACUAAAGCAUAUAGGAUCGUCUGUGAGAUAAUUGGGCAGACACUGAGCACAACAUCUAUUAAUACCUUAGCUCCUUACAAAUACAUUGAUAACAUGUUGGUUCUAUUUGCAACGACCAUAUUUAUGCACUACGAGAAAAGGAGGACNGGGAUUGUGAAGAGGAUCCUUUUCAGUUCAUUAUAUGCGGACCUUAUAAUCAAUUAUUAUUUGAAAAAGGAUAAAAAUCAACGUGUUUUCAGUCUUCACAAUUACAACAGCUGUUUGCGUGCCGAAUACUUUGGCCUUCAAGACAUUGCAACAGCUGACUUUUUGUUUCUUCCAUUUUNCCAUGACUAUCAUUGGUGGUGCUAUGUAGUCAAACUAAGAACAUUAGAGAUAUAUGUUCUGGACUCUUUGGUGAAGGGUGUAAGAGACCGGAAAAGGAUAGACAUUCAUGUGGUAUGUGUCAUCAAAUUUAAUAAUGUUAUUGACUUUGUUUAAAUAAUGUAUUGUUAACGUGUUACUGUUAUUUGUACAUUGUAGGGUUAAAACCUUGCUCGAUUUUUUUGCAUGUUGUACAACAGACCGGAAGGCAGUAUUGGACCUCUGUCUGUUGUACAAGCAAACAUCCCAUCCCAACCAAACUUG